CUACGCUGGACUCAUGCGCUCGCUGCCUUCGUGUUCCGAUGGUUGGAUCCAGCAAUGGAAGCUGCCUUCUAUGGCCGAGCUCUUUAAUAGUCCUCGCGCCUUCGCGUCGUUGGAAAUGUUUCCUGUCCAUCUCGUCCCAUACCUAGUACUCGCAUAAUAUCCUCUGUACCGCAUUUUGACCUGCGCCUGGUCGCGACUCAUUUGCUAUCCCCUCUUCGUAUAGAUAAACAUCCCAUCACUCGUUGUGACUACCCUUCCUCCUCAGUCAGAACCACGUCAUUACCACGGUCGCUUAUCCCCCGCAACGCUUUGAGCGAGCCUCGUUUCGGUUGAACGUACUGAGAGGGUGAGAGUGGCCUGUAUAACAAGAAAGAGUGUGGUUCAAACCAGUACAAGCGCACGGAUGGUGGUCUCGAGGUAUGCAGUCGCAGCAGUGCUGCUUGAACUGGCGGCACAGACGGUGGCUCAUGGCGACGAUGAGCAAUGUCAUGGGAACAUGUGUGACAUGAAGAAGCCAGACUCUCAUGAAGGUGCUGGUGCAUCCAACAACCAGGCUACGCCGAGUUAUGCUUCUUUGGGUAUGCAUGGAAAGAUGAUGCUGGCACACAUCGCCCUUAUGGUUCUCGCAUGGUUUUUCAUUCUGCCAAUAGGCGUCAUGUUCAGCGUUGCACGGUCCAGAUAUGCUUUUCCCUCUCAAUUCCUUUUCCUCGUCGUCAAUGGCUUGGGGGUGUUGUGUGGGACGAUGUACAAUAUCAACACUCCGGACCUGUAUGAGAAUAAUGCUCACCACAAGAUUGGUUGGAUCGCAACGUGGAUUGUGACAGCUCAGGUGAUUAUGAGCCUUCUUUUCCACUACUCGGGCCGGGGCAAACAGACCGAGAUUUUCACCUCUGAACGACAAGCAUUCUUGCCCAUUUCGACGGCGAACAUGGCUCAGCACAACGGGAGCCCGUAUACGGAUGUUCGGUGGUCAGGGGACAGCGGACAGGGUUCGGAAGCGUCCACCGCCCUCAACAGCCGAGAUGCUUCUCCCACCAAGCUUCUGCGCCGAGGCACUGACGACAGUUUCGAAAAGCCAGAACCGGAGCCACAGGAUGAAGAUGACGAGGGAGAUGACGUCCCAGUGGCAUCGCGGCAUCGGGCUCGAAAGGCGUGGUUGCGCAUCAACUUCAUCGACAGAUAUCUCUCGUCUCGUGUGCCCAAUUUGCUUUCGGCUAAAAUUCUGGGGGUGGUCGAAAUUGUGUACGAAGUCAUCGACCGAACCAUUUUAAUCCUGGGCUUCAUCGCCCUGACGACUGGAGGGGUAACCUAUGCUGGCAUCUUUAGAGGAAGCAACAUCUUCAACGGUCUCGCACACUUCAUCAAAGGAGGAAUCUUCUUUUGGUACGGACUACUGACGCUGGGACGGUGGAUGGGGUGCUUUGCCGAUUUUGGCUGGGCGUGGAACAUCAAACCGGCCCGCAGCGAGGUGGGCCAAUGGAAAGCCCGUCUCCCAUCGGCUGAAUUCGUCGAGUCCUUUGUCAUCUGGCUCUACGGCUGUACCAACGUCUUCCUCGAACAUCUUGCUGCAUGGGGUGGUGAAUGGACUGCGCAGGAUCUGGAGCAUGUCUCGAUCUCCAUCAUGUUCUUUGGUGGAGGCCUAAUGGGAAUGCUCGUCGAAUCGAAGCGUGUUCGAAGAUGCCUCAAUACCGUCGUGGACAGUAUGCCAGCUCGAACGGAAGUGUCUCCGGACGAAGCGCUUGAACUGCGCACCCCGCCCAAACAGUAUGGGACCUCUCUGAAUCCCAUCCCGGCCUUGAUCAUCCUCCUCCUUGGGAUCAUGAUGUCCUCUCAUCACCAGAGCUCAAUGACCUCCACCACGGUUCACAAACAAUGGGGUAACCUUCUCGGUGGUUUCUCUGUUGCCCGCCUGGUCACCUACGUGAUCAUGUACAUCUCACCACCCACAUCCGUCUACCCCUCCCGCCCUCCAACCGAGUUGAUCUCGUCCUUCUGUCUCAUCUCUGGUGGUCUGGUAUUCAUGUCCAGCACUAAAGACAUUGUCGCCGCUGUCGAGGGCGCCGAUCUCAUGGCCAUGUUUGUCUUUACCGUUGUUAUGGGCUUCACGGCCUUUAUCAUGUCCUACGAAAUCUUUGUGCUGUGUCUCAAAGGUUGGGCCGCUCGCAAGGAGCUCAAGGCAGCUCAGAGUUCAGUUCGAUACUGAGCCCCUAACAGAAAAUAACAGAAAAUCUUCGCGAUGGUUGAAUCAUCGCAUUGGAGACGGGAGCAAAAGAGGAGGUAAUCACACACUAUACCCAGGGUUUUAUGUUUCUCACGAUCAUUUCUAUUUUACGGCCGGGGAGGCGGAUCCGCCGUCUUGCCGCCUACGAGCACUUUCGUUGUUGACGACAUUGACGAAUUCCUUCCCCCCGACCUGGUUUAUACAUAACUCGUAUGAGAUGGGGGCACGGGUUUCUUGGUUUUCUUGCACGAUACCCCAGGCGCGAUUUUAUGCGUCUAUGCACUCUCUGGUCAUUGAUACCCCCAAAACCUACAGUACGGCAUUGCUUAGGUAUAGAUAGCUGCUCAUGCUUCUUCGACUACCAAGAGGAAGUUGAUUAUUAAUUCAGAUUCAAAUGAUAUUAUAACCCAAAAUA